UACUUUGCUAAUCUAUGAAGCUGGAGUGGUGGCUGCUUUGAAGAAAUUGUCACCCAACAUACUGGAAUCUGCAUCCAAGGUCUAUGGGUCUUCUUCAGGGUCACUUAUAGCUACCUUUGGGUUGUGUGGCUGUGAUAUAGGAAGAGUCCUUAAUAUCACAAAGGAUGUUUUAAACCACUGCCUGCCCCCCAACGCGCACCAGCUCGUGGCUGGGAAGCUGCACAUCAUCGUCACCCGCGUGCGCGACUGCAGGAGCGUGACAGUUUCAGAGUUUGCCUCCAAGGAGGAACUGAUCCAGGCCCUGAUGUGCAGCUGCUUCAUCCCUCUGUAUUUUGGACUUUUACCUCCUAUGUACCGUGGGGUGCGUUACGUGGACGGGGAGGUCGGGAUGUGGCGCGCCAGCUUCGUGUCCCGCACAACCAUCACCGUGUCUGCCUUCGCCGGCGAAUACGACAUCUGUCCCAGGGACUGCGCCGCUGCCUUCCUCACCUUACAGCUCUCUGACUGCAUUUUGCAGAUCUCAAAAAGAAACUUCUACCGUUUAAUGUGUAUUUUCUACCUUCCUGAGUUUCAAGUUCUGGAGCAGUAUUAUGCCUGUGGCUACCAGGACACGGUCUCCUUCCUAAAAAGACUGAGUAAGUGA